GCUGUGAUGCUUGGGAGGGGUGGGGGGUUGGUGGGGCGAUGGGGCCCUGGUGCCUUGGGCCUCCUUCUCAGCAUGGCUUACAGAGAGGUUCCUAAACUCAUUUACCUAUUGCUGUGAGCACAUCACUCAAGGACACGCAUACAUUUUCUUUUUCAGAGAUGAUAUAGCCCAAAUUGAGAAAAGAAUUGGCAGGCCUCCCUCUCUACAUCACAACUAUCUCCUUUAGUGACGCACUCCUGGUCCUGAGGGAAAGAGGCAGGCCUGGACUGAUUUUCUUUCCCUUUUUUUUUUUCUCUUGAGACAGGGUUUUACUGCCAUUGUCCAGGCUGGAUUGCAAUGGUGUGAUCUCAGCUCACUGCAACCUCCACCUCAAGUAGUGAUCUUUCCACCUCAGACUCCCAUGUAGCUGGGACUACAAGCAGGCACCACUGUGCUCAGCUGAUUUUUGUUUUUGUAGAGACAGGGUUUCACCAUGUUUCCCAGGCUGGUCUUGAACUCCUGACCUCAAACAAUUCUCCCGCCUCAGCCUCUCAAAGUGCUGGGAUUGUAAUCCCACCAUACCUGGCCCCUUGACUGAUCUUUGAACACAAUGUCUCCCUCUGAAGGUGGGGCUGCCAAUUCCUCCCACCUCAACUAAGACAGUGUUGAAAUGCAGGGCAGAGGCCCAGCACGGUGGCUCAUGCCUGUAAUCCCAGCACUUUGGGAGGCCAAGGCAGGCAGAUCACGAGGUCAGGAGUUCAAGACCAGACUAACCAACAUGGUGAAACACUGUCUCUACUAAAAAUACAAAAUCAGCUGGGCAUGGUGGUGCAUGCCUGUAAUCCCAGCUACUCAGGAGGCUGAGGCAGGAGAAUCACUUGAACCCAGAAGGCAGAGGUUGCAGUGAGCUGAGAUCAUGCCAUUGCACUCCAGCCUGGGCAACAAGAGCAAAACGUCGUCUAAAAAAAAAAAAAAAAAAAGAAAGAAAUUCAGGGGCAGAGACAGCCCAGAGUACUUCCCAGUGGGGCAGAAUCCUGGGCCCAUAGGUUCCACGAGGACUCUGUGGCAAUUCCUCUGUACCUCCAUGUCUUGGAUUCCCCACCUGUUUUAUGAAGAGCUGGGGCAGCCCUGGUCCUGUGAUCUCAGAACUGAUGAAGGCUUAACAUGCCUCUCCUUUGAGGCCAGAGUGUUUUGUGGGAUCUGAAACAGUGCACAGGCGCCUCUGCCACCCCCAUCCCCAUCACCAGGUGAGGCCUUGGGCUCAGGGAGGUGGAACGCCUGGCCUGAGCCCCAUAGUGCAAGGUGGAAAACACAGCUCCAGGAGCUUCUGCCUUGGUGAGUGUGUGAGAGAGUCGCCCUCAGUCUUAGACUUUGAGAGGAGCCAGGAACACGUUUCAUGGACAAUUAUUUUGGCAGCUCCUUCUAAAACUAAGCCAGUGGGGGAUCAAUUAUGUGUGACAGAGACAUGGGCUAUGAUUUGAUGCCUAAUUAGAGGAAUAAUCAGAUCUCAUCCAGGCAGGAGGCACAGCGGAUGCUGGCAGCAGUGCUGUGGCUGGGGAAUGCCCAGUUCCAGGGGCUUCCCCUGUGUGGGGGCCAGGAACACAGUCCAGGGCCCAUCUGUACGCCACAGUCACCCCUCUCUACAGACUCAUCGUGAGCCGCAGCUCCGCUCAGAUGGCCCUGGGCCUUCUCAGGCCCUCUUCUCCACAUACAAGGAAUGCCUCUUGUUAGAGAUGGCAGCUCCCUUGUGUCCACAGCCCUGCUCUUUGAUGACUGGAGGUGGUCGUGCAGGUCCAAGUCCUCUCCCCGAACUCUGUCCUCAUGUUCAGAAGCCUAGCUCAAGUCCCUCCCAGCCACAGCAUUCUGGGGAGCUCACUCCCAGAAGCUGCCCUCAAGGGGUCCUCAGUCUACAGAAGAGGUAGAACAAGAACAGGGCAGUCAUGGAGGCAGGUGGAAGAACAAGAACUUGAGCUGGCGAAGUGAGACUACAGAUGUGGUACAGAGAGGGGGCAUCCAAGAGAGGCCAGGGAGGCCAGUGACUGGCAGGGAAGGUGACAGGACUUUGAGCAAGAUUAUGGGACCCUAGGAACUGUGCCCAGGUGCAAGGCCACAUCAAGGCCAUAUUCUGGGGCUGGGGAGGCCCCGAUAUAUAAAGGGCCAAAUAAUGCAGUGAAUGAUGAAGGCUGGAACCAGGGGCCGGGGCAGGGCUCAGGGCUGGGCUGGGUUGGUGCCACUGCCCAGCCUUGGGUUAGGGUAUCCUGCAAGGAGCUCAGACAGGCUAGGCGCAGGUGCUCAGUUCAGCAGGUGGAAGGCAUCAAGCAUGACCCAGCCUCCCACUCACAGCCUCACCUCCCGGCCUCCCAGCACCCAGCCCCUACCAAGUCCUCUUCCCUACACUACCCCUUAGGUAUUUUCCUCCUGCCCCUACCAGCGCCACAACUGCUCUUCCCUGUCCUUCCCAAUCGGGGAUCCCCAAGGUAGUUAGAAGGGUUACUCUCCAUCCCACUGGCCACUAAUAGGGGGUGGGUACCAAGUCCACCUGAGGACAAGGGAGUUUCCUGAGAUCAAGCAUCAAACUAGGCUGUCAGCCCUGCCUGGAGCCCAGAGGUGGACAGGAUGGGGAUGGGAUGGGCAGGGGCAGACAGCAGUCUUGGAGGGAUACCUCUCCCUGCCCGCUUCCUAUCCCAGGCAUAGUUCCUGUCUCAGAGGUCCCAGGUGUGUCUUCAGGCCAAAGGGCAGAGCACAGCAGACUGGGCCCUGAGCAUGUGACCAGGAGUCUCCUCACAUCCCUGGCUUCUGAACAAUGUGGAAAGCCACCAGCUCAUUCUUCUCCUCAGGAACCCGCAGUGGAACCUGGGCCAACUGCGCGCUGGGCCCCAGGGACCCAGACAGCCACUCACAUUGCAACCUCAUGAAUAACUCAGCACCUCCCUGCUGCCUCCAUCUCUGAGGAGCCCAUGGCCCCUGAACCAACUCCCCCUUCACCCCGCCUCUCAUUGCUUUAAAUUUUCAUAGGCUGAGGCUCAGUGACAAUGAGUGGCUCUAGGAAGCUGGGGCCAGAUGUCCUGGGCAGGGGAGCUGGAACUCUUCUGGGUGGAGGCUGGCAGGGAAGGAUCCCAUGGAACAGACCCAGCUCCCUAGAACUCUGGCAGCCAAAGCAGAGAUGUAGCCAGGCAGGAGUCCCAGAGUAGGCUUCUGUUUCAGAGGGCUUUAAGAGAGGAAGAGUAAACUGGGUGACCUGGUACAGAUCCCAGGUCAAGGUGGGACGGGAGGUUGCCUAGUAGAGCAGUGGGAUAGGACUGCAGAUAAAUCCCAGGGUUCCCUGCCUGGAAUCUUACUGCCCAGAAACUCCCACCCUGAAGUUGGAGCACCAACAUAGGACAUCCAAGAGCCCAGAAACUUCCAGGAUUUUUCUGGAGCCAGGCUGCACCGGCUGGAGGCAGUGCCCUGGUGGGCCUGCAUGGACAUCCCUAUCAGCAGCAGAGACUUCCGCUGCCUGCAGCUGGCCUGUGUGGCUCUCAGCCUGCUGGCUGGCAGCGUCAUCAUCGGCAUCUCUGUAUCCAGGGCUGCAGCUGCCAUGGGCGGUGUCUUUAUUGGUGCUGCUAGUCUGGGGUUCCUCCUCUUGGCCUACCCCUUCCUGAAGGCUCGGUUCAACCUGGAACACAUCCUGCCUACCACGGGGAGCCUAAGAAUCCAUCCCCAUCCGAGGCCAGACCAUGGGGAAGGAAGAUCCAGCACCAACGGCAACAAGGAAGGAGCCCGCAGCAGCCUGUCCACCGUGAGCAGGACCCUGGAGAAGCUGAAACCAGGGGCCUGAGGGGCUGAGGAAUGCUGAGGCAAAGGCUGAGAGGCUGCCCUGCCCAGCCUGCCCGUCUCACCUGCUGCCCCCAUCUCCGUGCCCUCUGGGGGUAGAAGACCCAAACCGUGCAUGAGCCAGGCCCUGCAUACCCCAGAGCAGCUGGGAACAGUGUGGAAGGGGACCUUUUGCACUCACCUAGCCAAGGCUCUCAGAAAUGGAUUCCACUGGCGUGGGCUGAGGCCCAGAGCAAAGUGUUACCAGACACCCCGACAGGGUUCCUUGUUUCAGGCUCCUGCCCUGCCUUUCUUUCUGGAUUGCAGCUCAGCUUUGUUCCCUGUUCAAUCUACUGACUGGUCUCUGAAAUUUGGCAUCCAAGACCCUGACUAUGACCAGGACGCCCCAGUCCCUUGCUCUAACCUGGCCACAGAAGUGAACCACAGGCUCACAAGAACCACUGACAGGGACUCUCCCUCCCAUGGCCUGGCCCUGGGGCUCUAGAGCUCACAAGCCCAAUAGAGGGGCUAGACAAGAUUCUUUUCCCAAUAUCAAAACUUCUGGCAGCUCCUCAGGGACAGGCUCUGAGCAGCAGUGAAUCAGAUGGGGGAGUUUGAGGGGGUUCCUGGUCACUGGAGAAGAGAGGCUCACAAAGGGACAGGCACAAACAACCUGCCCCCUGGGGGUCAGAGGAGGCUACUUCUCAGCUGAGCCCAGCCCGAGACCCCUGGUGUCUAACUCCACCACUCAAGACUUUUCUUGAUCUGACUUCUCUCUUCCCCCCAUUUUCUUGCUGCUCCUUGAACAAGCAAGCGAAACACAUUCCUGUCUCCAAGCCUUGCCCUGUGUUCCCCAGGGCCCUCCCUGCUUCUCUCUGCCUAUCAAACUCCCCACCAUUAAAGGCCCAGUUCAGAAAAUCUCCUACCCACAUGCUCUCCUCAUUCUCUUCCGCCAGCCUCUCUUGCCACCCUUCAGGCAGGGUUGAAGUCUUCCUUUUCACAAAACAAUUAUUAAGCCAUCUUAAGUCUUGUGAACGUUGCCCCUGCUCUAGUGCCUAGCACCAGACCAGUAGGUGCUUUAUAAAUGUUAAUGGCUUCAAUUUAAUGUAAAAACAAUUCCCUAGGCUUUCCCUGGGAAGCCACAUCAAAGUCCCAUCUCCCGUAGAUAGAGCAAGGUUUGGAGCGAGGAGACCCAGGUGUGGCCACAUAGAAAACAUUGCUCCUCCUCCACACCCGCAGCCUCCAGGUAGAGUUGUUUGACCUCUACAGAGAUACCCUCUCCACAUGGCCUCUCGCCUAGUUUAGUGAGCAAAAGACAAGCUAGAAAUAGUGUCCUUCUAGGAUCAGUGGAGACGGCACUUCCUCCUGGAAGCCCCCCUGACUUCCCUGUGCUUCCCAGGCCCAGGGUUUCUCUCCAUCACAGCCCAAUCACUCUGAGAGGUCCUGGUCUAUUGCCCCUCUUGAGAAUGGGAGCAGAGAGAGGGCCAGGCACCCAGAAGGCACCCCCGUGGAUGUUGGGAAACCAAAGUCUUCCAAAGCAGCAGAGUCCAUCUCAGAUGGAAAAGCUGAGGCCCCACUGGAAAAAGGACUCAUUGAGUCCCAUGGUGAAAAGUCACAGGGCCAGGCAUGCAGCCAGGUCUCCCAUCUCUCCCUAUCUAAGGCUCUAUCUUUGCUGUGCUCUGCGCAGGCGACAGGGAUCAGCUCCCUGACCACAGCAUGACAGACCUCCAUGAAGGGAAAUGCUGGCCAGGUGCAGAGACUUCAGUUCCUUCAGCUGGGAGAAGCAACCUCCUCUCCUUGAAUUCCCCUCGUCUCCACCGGCUCCUAAAUAUUCUCUGCCCCUUCUCCUUUCCUUCACCAUCAUCAUCAACAAUAACUCAGGCUGCUGGUCUCUCCUCAGUCAAUGAGGAGACCCUUUCUCCUAUAUGCCUUCGAUCCUCACCUCAGUGCCCCAGAGAUGCCCAGAGUGGAGGGGGUGGGAGUGGGGGCUGUGGAGCCUGAGCUGCGGGAAGGGCAGUGCCCUAUACCCUGCCCAUCAACCCCUCUCAACCACACUCUCCCCAGGGUGGGGCUGUGGAAUCCCUGAUGCUUGGACAGGCCAGGCUCAGAGAGGUGCUGGGGACCAGGUGAAAUAAACGGCAAGAGCUACGUCCACUGGGGAAGAACCGUGUGAGGCGUCAAAGGACCCUUAAACUGGAUAGGAAUUCUUGAGCCUGGGCUUCUAGUUCCUCUCUUUUCCCUGCCAUGGGCUUCCUGAAAUAUCUUCCCUCCAGCCCAAGUGAAUGUCCCAGUACAUCUUC